GCUUUCCUCCAUCCAUCGCUGCACACCACUUGGCCCUGCAUGGUGGAUAUUCUCUUUAAUCCCUUUCUCUUGGAUGAUAUGGGGGAUCAUUCCAAAAAGAAGACAGCGAUCGCCAUGUGUGUGGGUUGUGGGAGCCAGAUCCACGACCAGUACAUCCUGAGGGUGUCCCCGGACCUGGAGUGGCACGCUGCGUGCCUCAAGUGCGCGGAGUGCAGCCAGUACCUGGACGAGAGCUGCACUUGCUUCGUCCGAGAGGGAAAGACGUAUUGUAAACGAGAUUAUGUAAGAUUAUUUGGGAUGAAAUGUGCAAAGUGUAACGCUGGCUUCUGCAGCAGCGACCUGGUCAUGCGCGCCCGGGAGAACGUGUACCACAUGGAGUGCUUUCGGUGCGCGGUGUGCACGCGGCACCUCCUGCCCGGCGACGAGUUCUCUCUGCGAGACGACGAGCUGCUGUGCCGGGACGACCACUGCCUAAUGCUGGAGAGGGACUCCACGGGGAGUCCGGUCAGCCCGGGACACGUACACUCCAGACCUCUCCACAUCUCAGAACCGGUGUCGGUCCGGCAUCCCCCCCAUCGAAACCACGUGCACAAAACGUCGGAGAAGACCACGCGCAUCCGGACGGUGCUGAACGAGAAGCAGCUCCACACGCUCCGGACCUGCUACAACGCCAACCCGCGGCCCGACGCCCUCAUGAAGGAACAGCUGGUGGAGAUGACCGGCCUGAGCCCCCGGGUGAUCCGGGUCUGGUUCCAGAACAAGCGGUGUAAAGACAAGAAGAGGACCAUCCUGAUGAAGCAGCUGCAGCAGCAGCAGCACAACGACAAGACGAACCUGCAGGGUAUGACGGGGACGCCCAUGGUGGCCGGUAGCCCCAUCCGUCACGACACCUCGGUCCCGGGGAACCCGGUGGAGGUGCAGACCUAUCAGCCGCCCUGGAAGGCCCUGAGCGAUUUCGCCCUGCAGAGCGACCUGGACCAGCCCUCCUUCCAGCACCUGGUCUCCUUCUCCGAGUCCGGCUCCAUGGGCAACUCGUCGGGCAGCGACGUGACCUCGCUGUCGUCGCAGCUACCGGACACGCCCAACAGCAUGGUCCCGAGCCCGGUGGACACGUAAAGGCGUCCCGCUGUUGGACCCAGGAGCCCGGACGCUGUUUUUUUUGCAUGGACCGAAGUUUCAUUUUUUUUGUGUAUCCACACCGAGCUCGGCGGAGUCCUUUCAAGAACCUCCCAUUGGACUACAUUGGAUAUGCUUGGGGGAUGUAUUUAUUUCUCAGAGCUUCCGUUUCAUGAGGAUUUGAGGACUUUUGAUGCCAAUGCAAGCCGAGCCCGGACUGCGAUGGACCCGAGGAAUAUAGCCUACCGAGGAGCCCAGACCUUCAAUGAGCCACACUGGACGGGCCCCCCUCUUUUGUGGCCCCUCUUGUGGAGGAGGAUGUGCAUGAUUUGUAAAGAUGCUUCAAAAUCAACUCUUGUAUCCUAAAUUAAGAAAGCAGAUGUUUUCAGCUCUACAUUAAGUUAUUGUUAUUUAUUAUGAAAACGAGCGUAUCUAAACAAUAAAA